GGAACGUGAGCUGAGCUUGAGCAAUGAGUCAAAAUCAAUAAUCAUUCAAUCAUUGAUUGGUCAUUGAUCAGUGGUGAAAUAUUGAUUUGUGUUGAGGAUUUGAUCUACAUACAGGAUGGCAACAAAAGAAGACCUUGAACAUGAAUUUGAACUCUUUUGGGCUAAUUCAGAUAGAAGGAGGAAACAUGCCCCCAACAACCAAAAAAUUAGUAAGAUGCACGAGUGGGGUAAAACCAAUAAGUUACCCGAGAAAUCGCCCACUCUUAACGCCCUUAUAAAUAGCAACGAUGUAAAACAUGAAAACAUUCUGCCUGAAGAAUGCAACAUAAACACAUUUGAGAAAAUAUUGGAUGAACUGAGUGUUGCAUACAAAACAGUAGAAGUACCUAUUGAUCCCAAGUUUAAAGGCCUGAAUACCAAUACUAAAAACGUAAUGAUAGACAUUAGCACCAUACCGCCUUUCACAUUUGACGGAUCAGGAUCAAAUAAAGUCCAAGCCUUACACUUAGCUGCUAGGAAAGGUAUCAAAUUCUUGAUAGCCAUAAGCAGUGAUAUUGUGAUACUGUGAACCAUUCCUACAUAUUUGAACUUAACACUUGUUGGACAGAAUGUAUGAUCACACCAGGUUUCAUUGUGAAAUGUCAAUAUUGUCAAGUUUUACAACUGAGCUUUCCAAGUGCUGUAGGUUUUGAAUACUACCUUGAUCGUAGUGAAUUUUGAAAACAGUAUUGUUAGUUAACGUGUUAUAUCCGAAUUUUUGUUUGUUUGAACUUGACACGUGUUGGACAGAAUGUUUGCUCACACCAGGUUUCAUUAUGAAAUGUUAAUAUUGCCAAGUUGUAUAGCUAUAUUUUCUAACUGCUGUAGGUAGUGAAUAAUACCUUGAAUAAUAAUUAAUUUUGAAAA